AGCGGCAAUGCUUGAGGAGCAGUUCACGAAGCUGUCUGAUUUGUACGAAACGAACAAUAUAAUCGCUGUGUGGGGCGACGAUUUCCGUUAUAACGCCAUCGAAGAAUGGUUCGGUACGUUCACAGAUUACUUCGAAUCACUUGAGAGAUGGUAUACGGACCACUCCCGCGAACCACCCACUCUUUCCGGUGAUUUCUUCCCGUAUCAAUGCGCUCUUGGCGAUAUGUGGACUGGUUAUUACACAACGCGACCAUUUUACAAGCGCAAGGAACGUGAAUUACAUGCGAUGAUUCGGAGUGCAGAUUUGCUGAGUGCGAAUGCAAUGAAGCUAAUGAGUGCAUCUGAACGUAUAUGGAUCCAGCAGAAUCUGCAAUCGGCCAGGAGGAAUCUUUCACUAUUUCAACAUCACGAUGCUAUUACAGGAACGAGUAAAAAACAUGUGAUGUCAAACUAUGCUCAGAUUCUUUUCACUGCUAUGCAUACUGCAUCAAAAUGUCUUCAACGUUCAAUGCAAGCAAUCUACAAAGAGCUAUUCCAAAUGAAUGAAAUACCUCUCCAAUACAAUGAAACUACCUCAAAACUUCCGAUUCUUCUCGAUCCGCACAAGAAAAUUUCCGUGGCCAUCUUUAACAGUAUCGAACGAAAACGUGUCGAAAUAAUCGAAUUGAUUUUAUCAACGCCUAGCGUUAGUGUAACGUUGAACGGUAGAGCUGUUGAAGCACAGAUUGAACCUCACAUUGACCCUGUUACCAAUGCUCUUUCAACUUAUUACAAGGUUCCGUUCGCUUCACAGUUCUAUUUGCUAGUUUCUUGUUCAUUAUUCUCAACAUUAUGCCUUCUUUCACUAAUCGGAUGUGAAUCCGAUCAGCUGAGAGAGAUUUUGUGUCGUAUGAAGCGAAACCUAUCGUUUAAUCUGUUAGUGUUCCGCGUCCUCUUGCCGCCAUUGUCAACGGAGAUUUUUGUGAUCUCAUACGAUCAUCAAAGUACUCAGCACACUCACAUUGCGGAUAUUCUUUUUGUUAGUAAUGAAAACGCUAAUACGAGCGAAUUUGAAAAAUCGUUACUAGUAAUAAUUGCUGAUCAUUUCCAAAAGUUAAGGAACUUUAACAUUACCCGGAUCAAACCUGAUGAAUUCCUCAUCGAAACUGAAUCAGUGAAGACGACUCAUUCUGCUGAUAGUGGACUUAUAACUUCGCUCCCAUUGAUCGAUUUGCGUCGUUUCAUCGUCAAGGGACCCGUUCAGCAAAGCGCUUAUAUCCUUUCGAAGUAUAUCACUCAAAAAAUCGCCCUUCACAAUAUUGAAGGUAACGAAGGUGAACAACUUCAUAUUUCAAUGCGAGUCGAUAUAAGAGGAUUCAACAACAUGGAGCUCAUCACUCGUUUUAGUUCGGAUCUCCAUUCAAAUUCCACUCAAUUUUAUACUGAUAGUAAUGGAUUCCAGCUUCUGAAACGUGAAUACAAUCACAAUUUGCCAGUGAACGCGAACUAUUACCCGAUGCCAACGGCAGCGGUGCUGCAAGACGACUCAAGACGAAUCACAAUCGUCAGCGAUGUAGGACAC